GCAUUGCGUUAAGCGGCACGUGUUGAGCGAGUUUUGAUUUUCGAGUUUGUUGUUUGAUUUAAUUGCAUAUUAUUAAGGAUAACAAUGAAGGUCGCCACAAAAAAGGUUAAGUCCUUGGACAAAUCGAAGCCCAAAAAGAGUUUAAUCAAGAAAAAGAAACUGUCGGAGGAGCCACAGUUGCCGAAGGCCGCGAAGAAAACCGUCAAGAAGGGCAAGAAAGAUGAAAUAAAGCCAAAAAAGAAAGUGGCAAAAAAGUCACUCAAAAAAGACUUGGAGGGACUCAAGGACAUCGAUCCCGAGUUCUAUGAUUUUCUAAAGAAGAACGACAAGGAACUGCUCGAUUUCAAUCUUAUGGGCAGCGAUGAUGACGACGAGGAGGAAGAGGAAGCUGAGGAGAAGGCAGCUGCAGAGGAUUUGGACAGCGAAGACGAUGAUGGAAAAUAUCACAAGCCCAGUGAUGAUCUGGCCGUAGCCAGUGACGAGAGCGAAGGCGAAGAUGAUGAUGCUGACGAAGAAGAAUCUGCCGGAGGUGCGCAAAAGAUUACACUAAAUAUGCUCCGACAAUGGGAACUGCAGCUGACCAAACCCAAUGUCUCCGUGGAGGCAGUUCGUCAGGUCAUCCAAGCAUUCAACUCCGCGCUGGCCAGCAUUAGUGCAGAUGCUGAGAUGGGUGAGCAGGCCAACGCCAGUGCCUAUAAAGUUGUCGGGGCCGCUGCCUUUAACGGAGUAAUCCAGCUGUGUGUGCUGCACCUGCAACCAGCGAUUAUAAGAGUGCUGGGCGUGAGACCCAACAGCAGUUUACCGCUGCACAAACACAAGAAGUGGGUUAAGGUGCGUGGCUGCCUGCGCUACUACUUGGGCGACCUGAUACGCCUCGUGGAGCAAGUGUCCAGCACGAAUAUACUCAAUGUGCUGCUCAAGCAUCUGCAUCAGAUGGCCGGCAUGGUGGCGCCCUUUACAACGCUGGGCAAGACCAUACUCAAGCGCCUCAUCGUGCUCUGGGCAACGGGGGAUGAAACAGUGCGAGUGCUCGCCUUUCUCUGCAUCCUCAAAAUAACGCGUAAACAGCAGGCGACCAUGUUGAAUCACGUGCUGAAGGCCAUGUAUCUGGCGUAUGUGCGCAACUCCAAGUUCGUGUCGCCCAACACGCUGCCGGGCAUCAAUUUUAUGCGCCGCUCGCUGGUGGAGAUGUUUGCCCUCGAUCUAAAUGCAAGCUAUCAGCACGCCUUUCUCUACAUCCGCCAAUUGGCGAUCCAUUUGCGCAAUGCUGUCAUCCUGAAGAAGAAAGAUAGCUUCCAGGCUGUCUACAAUUGGCAGUAUAUCAAUUCGUUGCGACUCUGGUCGGAUUUGCUGGGCGCUAGCGCAAAUAAGCCGCAACUGCAGCCACUCGUCUAUCCACUGGUCACGAUCACAACGGGCGUCAUCCGCCUCAUACCGACAGCUCAAUAUUUUCCGCUGCGUUUCCAUUGCCUGCAGUCGCUGAUUUCACUGGCGAAGGAGACGCAAACGUUUAUCCCGGUGCUGCCACUGAUUGUGGAGGUGUUGCGCAGCAAUACGUUCAAUCGCAAACACACCGCGGUAUCCAUGAAACCGCAGCAAUUCACUUGCAUUCUGCGCCUGAACAAGGCACAGCUCGCUGAGAAUGGCUUCCGCGAUGAGGUCGUGGAGCAGGUGUGCGGCCUGCUGUUGGAGUACCUGUCACAUGAGUCAGCCACGCUGGCAUUUAGCGAUCUGGUUGUGCCCGUGGUCAUGGCCCUUAAGGCGUAUCUCAAGGAGUGCCGCAACGCGAAUUAUACGCGCAAGAUGAAACAGCUGCUGGACAAGAUUCAGGAGAGUGCACGCUUCAUUGAACAGCAGCGGAGCAAGACCAGUGUCCAGCUGGACCUGAAGAAUGCCCAGGCGGUGCAGGCGUGGGAGCAACAGGUGCGCAACAAGCGCACACCUCUGGAUAUCUACUAUGCCAGUUGGGUGAAGACACACGAGACGAAGAAGCGGCGUCAAGCGGCCCAAACGGAUGACAUUAAUGCGGACUACGAUAUACCCAAGCUGAAGCGACCGGCGGCCAAGACGGGUGUUCCAGUGCGCAACGAAGAUGGCGAACUGGAACUGUUCCCAUCCGAUUCCGAAGACGAUGACGCAGGCAUUCCCUACCAAGACGACGAUGAUGAUGAUGAUGACGGCGACAUUUCGGAACCAGAGGAGCCACAGCCCAAGAAGCCCAAACGCAAGCAGCCCAAGGAGCAAUCAAAAGAAACGAUUCCCGCUGAGCCUGCGGAUUAUUAUGAUGAGGCAGCCGCAGCUGUUGACAUUGUCAAGGAUUUAGAUUUGAGUGACUGGUAAUUGCUGAUGCCCACUAUUAUGAGAGAAAAAUAGCUAAUUUCAUAAGAAAUUCAAAUAAAAAAAUUAAUACCAAACAAA